GGCAUGAGCCACUGUGCCUGGCCUGUUCAUUUGUUGUUUUUUUUUUUCCUGGAAGAAAUACAAAUCUACAAGUAGGAUUGAGGGCAAGGUGAAAGAUUUUAUGAUCAAAUAAGUUUGGGAAAUAGUAUCUGCUAUAUUCACCUUUUGAUUUACAAUACACAUUAGCACCUAAAAGUUUCCAAGAAGUCCUGUAGUAAAGGGAGUAUACAGUUUUGUUUAAUGUACUGUUUCACAAACUUUACAGCCCUUUUAUUGAGUAAUCUUUUAAAAAUUCUUGGAACAAAUAUUUAUCAGGUCAUACUUUGGAAAAUUAAACAAUUGCUUUGAUUUUUAAUACCAAAACUUUGAGUAAAAUAUGAAUAUUCUCAAGUCUUAAGUUUGAAGGCACCCUGAAAAGCAACUUGUUAACACCUUCCCUCCUCAGUUUUAUUCUGCCGUCUAAGCAUUAAUACACUCUUUGUAUAUGGACCCUGGUACAGGAUACAGCUUUGGAACCAUGUAUUGUUAUGGAAGAUGCUGUGUAGUGGUAAUUGCUGUAGAAGCCUUUAUUUAUUUUUCUUCUACUUUUGGGUGGGGAAUUUUGUUCUUCAUGGUUGUUUCACAAUAAACAGUAUUAAGCAUUUCUUGGAAAGUGGGUGCAAAACAUUGAUAGUUUGUUGUGAACUUGUAUCAUUAGUUUUAGAGAUGGGGAGAGUUUAUCACUGAAAAGGAGUCCCACCACUUGGAGUAGAAUUGGCCCUUCCCGCAUGCUAUUUGUUGCUACUUGAGAGACUGGGAGAAACAACUAAGGACCUUAGACACCCAGGUGAAAGAGCUCAACCCUUUACUUGGUGGAUACCCUCUCUUUAGGCAUCAGUGCCUUUAAAACAUUCAGCCUCACUCCUAACAGCUGUCACAGAUGUUAAAUUUCUGAGCUGGACUAGCUGUGGGACAAAGAAAGUAUUGGCAAAAUACACCUACUGAUGAUAGGAAAUUAGCAAAAUAUACCUAUUGAUGAUAGGAAAUUUCCAAAUUUAUUUUAUUACUAUGUCUUAAUUUCAUUCUAUUCUUAUAUGCUUAUUACAUGGUUAAAAAAGAGAAUAGUUGUUUUUUCAGAUCUGGGAGCUAAGGCAUAAAUGUAAAUAACUUGCUCUAAUUCUUAAGGCUGUUUAUCUUUAAUUAUGGGAUCAAAACUGAAAUCCAGGUCUCCUAUCUCCUAAACAGUUGCUCUUUUUGCUAACUGCCUUACCUGAAGUUGUUUUGAUAUGCCUAAAUAAAAUUUUAAAUAAAUACUUGUAUUCAUAUUAAAGCUUUAUGGCUUAGAAAAUUCAGUAUUCAGGAGAGAGUAGUAGUGGGUUUUUUUCCCCCUAGAGAUCAGAGAAAUGAGGCUUAGAAAGAUGGUCUUACUCAGUGUUGUAUAGUUUGUGAGAGCUGUAACUAGAACUUAGUCCUUUUUCGUCCAGUGUUUCCCUGAUAAACCAAGCUGUUGGUAGAUAGUAUCUUUAGUAGAUGCCAGUAAGUACAUAUUGAAUAGAAUUCAAUCUCUUCCUGAGUCUUCAACUGAAUUGCUAGUAAGGGUGAUUUUUCAGAUUUUAGAUGGUAUCAAACUUUUCUCCUAUAUUCAGGUUUUAGACCAGGAUUACAUUGAUCUACUUUGUUGAAUAUGUGACAUGAAUUAGAUGCUUUUUGGGGGUCUAAAGGAUAGUUAUAGAAAAGGUGACUGACCUCUCUCAUAGGAGUCAGAAGCAGAGUUAGGCCUAUGACUAUGUACCAGUAGUAGGAGGUAUGAGGUCACAUAAAGAGAAGCUGGGCGAGAACUGGCCUUUGGCAGGAGCAGGGAUCAGUCCACUGAGACUGUAGCACUGGAUUGAAAAGGGCUGGGCUGGGCCCUUGACAUUGUUCCCUAGGCUAGACCAGUGGUCUAGGAAUGACAGCCCACCAGACAGGAGAGCACAGCAAAGAUCAAGGAAAUUCAAAUUGUAGUCAGUUUAUUAAUCUAAUUAAGUAGAAAAAUUAUUGAGUCCCUUCUUGACUAUUUGUUUAGCAAAAGGUUUUUGAAAUUGAAAUAAUGUACCAUUCUCACCUUUUAACCCAGAGAAUGUGCUAACUACAGAGGGCAAUUAAAUUUAAAUUGGCUUUUUAUAUCAGUUUAAGAUCAUACUGUAUCUACACUGACAUCAAGGAUAGAUAGGGCAGUUGUUUUCAAACUUUAGGGAGGAGAUGAGGAUGACCUGGAGGGCUUACUAAAACACAUUGCUGGGCCCAUUCCUAGAGUUUCUGUUUUAGUAGGUUGGGGCUAGGAUCUGAGAUUUAGCAUUUCUAACAAGUUUUCAGAUUGAUGCUAAUGUGAAUGCCAUUGGUCUUGAGAUCACAUUUUGAGACCCACUCAUCUAGGACAAGAAGAUGAAGCAGGUAUAGCUGUAUAGUUCCUUCUGAUUAAGGUCUUCACAGAGAAGGGAAGGGGAACUGUCAUUUAGUUCUCUACCAUGUCAAAACCCUGUGCCAGAUGAUUUGCAACCAUUGUUUAACUUAACCCUUGAAACCACUUUGCAAAGUAUUCCUCAUCCCCAUUACCCUCUGAAUAUACAACUGUUAAAAACUUGCUGGAAUAAUUAUUUCUUCAAGAACAGCUUUUACUUAUAAUUUAGAGAAUAAUGUUUGCAUAUACCAUUAUGAAUGUGAUUUUAUUUAAUGUAGAGGAUAUGUUAAGUUACAUGUAUUCAUUACUCUUCUUGUUGAUUUAUGAGAAAUAUAAAAUGUAAAUUAGCAGUAAUGAUCAUAUAAUAGAUGGAAUUAAAUAUUAAAAUAUGCUUUCUCAUAAGAACAAAGUAAAUCAGAGCUUGACUUUAAGAUUCAGCAUAAUACAUUCUUUCAGAUCACAGGAGAGAUGAGGCUAUGUUAAUUUUGUCAGGGUGGGUUUUUUUUUUUUAAUGUUGCCAAUUGGUAAAUGACAGACCCUAUUUUUAGAAACAAACAGGAGGAAUGGUGAAUUUCAGAAUGAAUUGCACAAAAUUAUUUAAAAAAACAAAACAGUGGUCCAAGCAGUUGAAGUGAAGACAUUCUGGGGAAACCUGCUGUUUAUAGUGAAAAUCAUCUUUGACCUUGGAAUUAAAAGUAAAGCUGGAAAGGAAUUUACAAACGAGAAAAAAAAGUUUGGAAUUGGACUCACAAGAUCUGGGCUUGGAAAUGCCUCAGCCUAGUGUAAGCGGAAUGGAUCCGCCUUUUGGGGAUGCCUUUCGAAGCCACACCUUUUCGGAACAAACUCUGAUGAGCACAGAUCUCUUAGCGAACAGUUCAGAUCCAGAUUUCAUGUAUGAACUGGAUAGAGAGAUGAACUACCAACAGAAUCCUAGAGACAACUUUCUUUCUUUAGAGGACUGCAAAGACAUUGAAAAUCUGGAGUCUUUCACAGAUGUCCUGGAUAACGAGGGUGCUUUAACCGCAAACUGGGAACAGUGGGAUACAUACUGUGAAGACUUAACAAAGUACACCAAACUAACCAGCUGUGACAUCUGGGGAACAAAAGAAGUGGAUUACUUGGGUCUUGAUGACUUUUCUAGUCCUUACCAGGAUGAAGAGGUUAUAAGUAAAACUCCAACUCUAGCCCAGCUUAACAGUGAGGACUCACAGUCUGUUUCUGAUUCCCUUUAUUACCCUGAUUCACUUUUCAGUGUCAAACAAAAUCCCUUACCCUCUUCAUUCCCCAGUAAAAAGAUCACAAGCAGAGCAGCUGCCCCUGUAUGUUCUUCUAAGACUCUACUGGCUGAGGUCCCUUUGUCAGACUGUGUCCAAAAAGCAAGUAAACCCACUUCAAGCACACAAAUCAUGGUGAAGACCAACCUGUAUCAUAAUGAAAAGGUGAACUUUCAUGUUGAAUGUAAGGACUAUGUGAAAAAGGCAAAGGUAAAGAUCAACCCAGUGCAACAGAGCCGGCCCUUUUUGAGCCAGGUUCACGCAGAUGCAGCAAAGGAGAACACUUGCUAUUGUGGUAUGGUAGCGAAGAGACAAGAGAGAAAAGGGCUGGAGACUCUUCAGGGUCAUGCCACUCCUGCUUUGCCUUUUAAAGAAACCCAGGAACUAUUACUCAGUCCCCUGCCCCAGGAGAGUCCUGGGUCAAUUGCAGCAGGAGAGAGUAGCAGCCUUUCUGCAAGCACAUUGGUCUCAGAUUCAUCCCAGAAAAAAGAAGAGCACAAUUAUUCUCUUUUUGUCUCUGACAACUUGAGUGAACAGCCAACCAAAUGCAGUCCUGAAGAAGAUGAGGAGGACGAGGAGGAUGUUGAUGAUGAGGACCAUGAUGAAGGGUUUGGCAGUGAGCAUGAACUGUCUGAAAAUGAGGAGGAGGAAGAGGAAGAAGAGGAUUAUGAAGAUGACAAGGAUGAUGAUAUUAGUGAUACUUUCUCUGAACCAGGCUAUGAAAAUGAUUCUGUAGAAGACUUGAAGGAGAUGACUUCAAUAUCUUCUCGGAAGAGAGGUAAAAGGAGGUACUUCUGGGAGUAUAGUGAACAACUUACACCAUCACAGCAAGAGAGAAUGCUGAGGCCCUCUGAGUGGAACCGAGAUACCUUGCCAAGUAACAUGUAUCAGAAAAAUGGCUUACAUCAUGGAAAAUAUGCAGUAAAGAAGUCCCGGAGAACUGAUGUGGAAGACCUGACUCCAAAUCCCAAAAAACUACUCCAGAUAGGCAAUGAACUACGGAAGCUGAAUAAGGUGAUAAGUGAUCUGACUCCAGUCAGUGAGCUUCCCUUAACAGCCCGGCCAAGGUCAAGGAAGGAAAAAAAUAAGCUGGCUUCCAGAGCUUGUCGGUUAAAGAAAAAAGCCCAGUAUGAAGCUAAUAAAGUGAAAUUAUGGGGCCUCAACACAGAAUAUGAUAAUUUAUUGUUUGUAAUCAACUCUAUCAAACAAGAGAUUGUAAACCGGGUACAGAAUCCAAGAGAGGAAAGAGGACCCAACAUGGGCCAGAAGCUUGAAAUCCUCAUUAAAGAUACUCUUGGUCUCCCAGUUGCUGGGCAAACCUCAGAAUUUGUUAACCAGGUAUUAGAGAAGACUGCAGAAGGCAAUCCCACUGGAGGCCUUGUAGGACUAAGGAUACCAACAUCAAAAGUGUAAUCAGCUUCAUGGGACCACUGGUCAGAAAUGUCUGCGUUUGUCACAUUAUCCAUUGUAAAUUUUCAUUCUGUUCUGCAUGUCAGUUAGCAUUAUGUAAACAUUUACAAUUAGGUUACAUUGUUUUAAGAACUAAGUAGCAUAAGGUGAAGCAUGAUCCAAAAUACUUGAUUAUUGCAUUUUCAGAGCAUAAACCGUGGUUAAAACUGCUACCGGCAUCGGAAUUGCAGCUCAUACAUUUAAGUAAACGUUUAGGUACAGAUUGCAAAAAUCUGUUAAAGCAAAACAUUUUGAAGGAGUAAAAUGGUAAAAUGCCAAGUAUUGUGGCAGGUUUAUGCUCUGAACCACACAAAAAAAUUGAAGCAUUUUUUUAAACAGUCAGUUUAGAUUGUUUUUAGAAUUACCGCUUUCUGUUCUAAUUUUUCACAACUAUUAAUCUCACUUGUAUGUGGCACACCCAGCAUUCGUGCCUGUGUGCCAUAUUAGAUGUUCAUUGUCAGAGCUUAAUAUGAUAUAUAUAAAUAUAUAUAUAUAAAUAUAUAUAUACAAAACUGUCUGUGCAAGUAAGAAAAAAAGCAUAUUCUUUGUGCCUUGUAUUUUGGGGAAACUAUAAAACUGGUAAUAUUUUGUAUGAUGAAAACCCUAAUGAGGAAAAACAAGAUAUAUAGAUGGAAAAAUUAUGGGGUUUAAAUGUUUUUUUGUUCCAACUCUUUUUCAAACUUUUUGAAUGUAUAUAGGACUACGUUGAAAUGUAGAUAUAUGCCACAGAGUCUGUGUAUUGUAUAAAAAACAAAACAAAAAAAACAACAAAAAAAAAGAUGGCUCUAGAAAACUCAUAUUUCGGUACUUGACCGGAAGAAGACAAAUACUUGCACAUUAUUGCGAUUGUUUUAUUUUUUGUACCAAAGACAAAUGCAACUGAUAUGGCAAACUGCCAGUCUAAGUAAAGUUUUGCACAGCUUACACGAUACUGUAUGAAUGUAUGAAAAAAAGGAGAAAAAAAUUAAAAGGUCAGGGUUAGGGAUCUUACUGAACUGUGAAUUUUAUUUCUGUUUGGGUCCAAUUAUCUACAGAAGGAGCAUCCAUACAUACAAAUAUUAUUUUGCUGUUCCUCUAGUUUGCUUCCAUAGUAGAUAAGUGGUGGCCAUUUAGAUGUCUGUCUUUUAUUUCUGCCCUUAUUGUAGGAAAUUUUAAUAUAUUUCAUUUUAGUAAGCUAUUGGUAAAAUAGUUUUUGACUUUGAAAAUUAAAAAGUUUAUUUAGCUUAUUGUAGUAUACUUCCACCAAACCAAAAUAGAUUAUUUUUAUCGUAUUAUGUAUAUAUAUGUAAAGAAAGAAAAAAGCUAAGAAUAUCUAAUUCUUUAGUUGCCACUUUUCCAGUUGAUGUAUUAUUGUGCAUGUAAUAUUUUCAAAGAUCAACACAAGCUUAAAACGAAAACAAAAAAGUUUAUAGAUUUUUAUAUUUUUGUACAGGUAUUUUCAAACUAGCUUCUUCAGACUUACAUGUGACUUAUUCUUCUAUAGUUUCUAGAAUUGAGAAACAUUAACACAUUUAGUUUUUAGGUGCUCUUUUUUGCUCAUAUGAAACAGCUUCAUUAGUCAGUGUUUUAACUGUGUUCAAGCUUUACCUCUUGAAGAGAAAUUUCUUAUGUCAAGGCAGCAUUAUAAACCUUUCCCACAGAUCUUUCCAUCCUCUUUCUCUUUCUGUUUUAUUCUCAAAUCUUGUGUUUUGAACUCUGGAAACUGGUGGCUUAAAAACUUAAAAAAAGAAAAAACGUAUCUAUUUAGCAAGAAAAAAAUACCAAAAAUUUCAGACUUAGCUGCUGGGAAAAUUAUCUGUUUCUCCAUUACCCUCUGUAGAAUUUAUUCUUUAAUUAUACUUUGUUUAUAAAAUGUUUCCUUUUCUAUUACUUUCUCUCCUUCUCCCCCCCCCUUUUGUAAGCUAUAGCACAUGAAAGCUAUAGCUUAUAAAGGUUUGAUUCUAGAACACACAAUAACAACUGAACAGUGUUGCUUGUGUGCUUCUUUGACAUCAUGAAAAAAACUGAGAAGGAUUGUCUUAACACCUUAGCUGAACUGUGAUGCACAAGAUUUUUCUGUGUGUUUGGUGGAAAUGUACCUGGUUAGUGCAUUCACACUAAACAGAUGAUAAGCUCAAAUGUAACGGUUUAAUAGAAUAUAAGUUCAUUGUUUAAAGUUUUUCCUUUUUAGGUGGGAGAAGUCAAAGCACAGGUUUGCAACUGGGAAGUAUAUGAAGUCUUGACAGUGUGUCUGGUAAAUUGAAAAGUGUUCCAAAAUAUGGCAGUUUUGCAAUCAGGUGAAAAUCACCUCAUGAUAGAGAUUCAGCUGAUGAGGUUUAUAAAAUUGCCCCUUUCUAGCUGCUCUGUUAGGAAUUCUGGUUUUUUGAUACUUUUCUCCUGUCUGCAAACCAGAAUUUGAUUUUUUGGUCUUGCAUUUCAAAAAAAAAGACUUUGAAUCUGUUUAGUAGAUUCCAUAUCCUUGUGUUUCAGUGUUUUAUAUGUACUACUUAAGUUAAAUAGUUAAAAGCUUUUAAAUAGUUGAGCUUUUUAAUGUUGACACUUUAUUUUGUACCUAUUUAUAUAUGUAUGUAUAUCUUAGAAAAAGCACUUUGUUAAAAAAAAAUUGCAUUUUAUAUGAUUCCUGCCAUUUGCUGCUAAAUCUGGGCUGGUCAGAAUGCUGCAGCGAUACUUGAUCUAAAUAAAAACCUGGCAGUAAAAUGUAGAGUGAAAGUUAAAUCCUCUUGCUGUUUUAACUUUUUCAUAAAGAUGACAUAGGCAAGCUGUGCAGCUUUACAUUUUAACCAGGGGACUCUGUGGCAUUUAAAACCGUCUAGAAAUGGUUGUACUUUAAUGCCAGUAAUAAUCUGCUUCCUCUAUUGUCAUUAAAAUAUAUACGUUUAGUGUAUCACACAAACAGAUCUUACAAGGGUAAUGUAAAAACCCCAACAAUUGUACAUGUUCUGUUUUUGAAAAUUGUGGCAUGUAUUUUUGGGUGAAGAUCAUUAGAGAAGAGCUCUCUAAAGGUUUUCUGUGUUCAUACAUGGUAUACAGAUAACUCAUAAUGAAGUCCAGACUCUUACUUUAAGUAAAGGCAUUGUGAAUUCACCUCAAAUAAACCCAUUGUUCCAAAAGCAAUUAUAAACUUUGACUCUAGUACUACUAUGAUUUAAAAACAAAAAACUUUCUUCCUAGUUUCAGAUACACUGGAUUCUUUAUAGAGUUUGUCUCCACAUGAAAGCAUGCUGUCCAGUUGCUCUUGUAAAGAUCUUGUCUGAGUCUUGAAUUGGGUGCCACACUUUUUCAGUCAGUAUGAUUGCUUGUUCUGCUGUACCAUGUAUGAUUCUUGUCCUUUCCUAUAUCCUUCAUGACAGAUUAUGAUGUGGCUUUAUAUUGUGCCUUACUUGUACAUUUAAAACUAAAUGUCUUCAUUCCCUUCCACUUCCUAAAUCUUUAACUUUGACCUUUUUGGUAAGAGAAUCAGAACUAUAACAAAAGCAUCAUGAAGGAUUUCAGAUGGGUAUUGUUGUAAAUUCCCUCUCUUUAUAGUUAUUUUAUAUUUGUACGAAAGACCAGUUUUUGAAUGGUCUUUGAAUAUGAGGGGGAAAGAUAAGCAGUAAUUUCACUACAUCCCUUUUCUCUGACUUUCAUGAAUUUGUCAUACAUCUUCUUUCUGAUGCUUGACUUGAUUUGCUUCCUAGCAAUAGUCUGCAUUUAAAGAAAGAUGUGUUCAGUUCAUUAGCUUGAAAUUGACUAUUUCAUUUUUCCAGAAUUUUUUAGGAGAAGAGUACCCAUUUUGUUUGUUUUAUAAAACAGAUGACAAGUCUCUUUAAAAGAAACAGAAGUACAGUACUUUUGAAAUACAAUGCUGUUAGUUUGGAUUUCUUUUUUUAUAUAUAAUAUUCAUAAAAUGAUCUGAUGUUUGCCUUCAUUAAUAAAGCUGUUAGUUUAUUCACCAAAAUGUCAAGAAUGGAUGUGCUUUUCUUUAUUCCAUACAUUAAAAAAUUUUUAGCUGCUAAGAUUUAGUUAAUGUUCUAAGAAAUGAAUUCAAGUUGCCUUCAGCAGGAAUUAACAAAAACUUAUGUUCCCUUUCUUUAUAUAGUCUUCCUAAAAUUCUGUUCAAAUAUUUUCUAGUUAGUUAUGUAACAGAAUGUUAGCAUCUCUCCAAAUCUUGAAACUUGAAUUUUGAGAAUGCAUUGAAUCAUGCUUUCAGUGUUAAAGGUUUCAAUUAUCCUUCUAGUGAAGUCUAUUGUGGAAUACCAUUUCCCAUGGAACUGAGGCCGUUUCCACAACUUUGCACAGAACUGCAGUCUUGUUCUUCCCUCGGAUCAUGACAAAUAAGUCUCACACAGUGCCGUAAUACUUGUGGAUUCUUUUGUAAUCUUUGUAAUCUUAAUAAGGGCAUUACGAGAAGAUGACUCCAUGUUUUUUUUAAUAUUUCAAACACAUUGGGAUGUAACAAUGAAUGUCAACUGUAGGAAUGGUUGUUUCGUUUUAAGGAAUAAGCAUGUUGGGAAAGAUGAUGAAAAUGUACUACUGAAAGUUAUACACUUCCAUAGGCACGUGGGAUUAUGUGUUGAAGCAUAGUCCUCAUGCUCAGCAAACUGACUGAAAUUGUAGAAAUUACACCUAGAAACGGAACUAUGCCAAAUUGCCAUUUUUGUUUAGAAAAGAGAGGUUUGGAAGUAGUAGUGAGGGGAUAGAACCUUAAAACUACUUCCAAAUAGUAUUUUGGAAUUGAAGACUUGGUGACUAAUGAAGAAUAUCAGAGUUGGAUAUUUCAGUGUGCCAAGUUUGGGUGAACUAGGUUUGCCUCUUUCAUAACAAUGUAAACACAUGAUGGUGUAGUUAAUCAAAUUCUGGGUAGAUAGGAGCGGGACUGAUUACUGUGUCUUGCCCUUCGCCCUUUGUUUUUUUCGGAACCAAAUAACAGAAGUGUGUGUGUGUGUGUGUGUGUGUGUACUGUAUCUGCCUUUCCACCACAUUUUUAUGACACUGUAUUCCACUGCCUGCUUUUUUACCUUCUUUCCCUAGGAUUUGUCCUAUAGCUUAGCAUUUAUGGUUAACAGUGAUACUGGGGCUGACAGCACAGAAGUCACAAGAGAAGAGCGGAAGGGCAAGAAUUUAAAGCAUUUGUUCAUAUGAUGUGGCAACCUCUUUUGCAUAGCUGCAUAGGAUCCUGUUUGUAAUGCUAUCAUUAAAUAUUCUGUAGUUUUGUUUUUUUUUUUCCUUUCCCUCCUAACUGGAGCGAUGACACUUUUUAUUGGAUUCAGUCUUGUCUCUUGUCUAGAAAGAAUUUUAUCUUGUUGACGCAUGAGCUGUUUAAAAAUUAUUCUAUUAAAUGUUGGUUAAUAGUUGUGCAGUUUUUCAUUUCAGAAGAAAGGCAAUGCAAAUGUUGCCUUUGUUUUCUGUCACCUUCCAACCCCUCAGCACUUCUAGUCAGAUACAGACUCAUCAGUGUAUGCAACAUCCUUUGUAAUUUAAAAUAAAAAAAGAUGAAAAG